AUGUCACACGUAGAGAGUGGUAAAUUGCACGACCACAACUCAGAGGAAUAUGCUCCACAGGUCCAUCGUCAUUCCGCGUCCGUCAAGGAUCAGCUGGCCACAUGGCACGCUAAUCGAGGGGAUAAAUCGUUCGUCAGAGCGAUGAUUCCUUCGUUUAAAGGUACUUAUCCAGGUGAAGCACCUACUACCAAAAACCCUAUCAAGCUUGUCAGGAUGGUUUCACCCUUUGCGUGGCUCAUGUUCUUCUCUGGAUGGUUCUGCUGGACUAUGGAUGGAUUCGAUUUCUUCGCUGUGUCGCUCACUCUCGAUUCACUCGCUGAACAAUUCGAAGUCAAGCCAGCAAAGAUCACUACAGCUAUCACUUUGACACUUCUAUUCCGUUCACUUGGAGCAGUCAUCUUCGGUAUCUUGUCCGAUCGAUACGGACGAAAAUGGCCCUUAGUGAUCGUGAUGAUCCUCAUUAUGGCUUUCGAGUUAGGAUCAGGAUUCUGUAACACCUAUAAGCAGUUCUUGGCUGUCCGAUCAUUAUUUGGGAUAGUGAUGGGAGGUGUCUGGGGCGCUGCCGCCGCAACCGCACUCGAGAACGUUCCUGCCGAUGCGAGAGGUCUUCUGUCCGGUAUGCUCCAACAAGGAUACGCCGUCGGAUAUCUCCUCGCUGCUGUAAUCAACCUUACCAUCGUCCAAUACAGUAAAUACCACUGGCGAUCCUUGUACUUCUUCGGUGCCGGUUUCUCUUUACUUGCUGCUAUUAUCAGAGCAUUGCUUCCGGAAUCAAGGCAAUUCAUCAUUGCCAGAGAAGAAGCCAAAGCUAGGGGUCUCACUGCCAAGGAAACGACCAAGAACUUCCUCAGAGAGUUGGGUACUAUGUUCCGGACCAAUUGGUUGCGAUGGAUCUGGGCUGUAUGCCUCAUGACGUUCUUCAACUUCUUCUCACACGGAAGUCAAGAUUUAUACCCUACUUAUCUCAAGACUACCAAACAUCUUUCCGCCAAACUCGCUUCUAAGGCUACCAUCAUUUCCAACUGCGGUGCCGUAGUAGGUGGAACAAUCGCUGGAUACGCCAGUCAAUACACCGGAAGGCGAUUCGCUAUCCUCGUUUGUGCUUGUUGGACAGCUGCUUUCUUGCCAUUAUGGAUCUUGCCUACCUCCUUUGGCGGUCUUGCUGCUGGUGGAUUCUUUGUCCAAGCUGGUGUACAGGGUGCUUGGGGUGUGGUUCCCAUCUACUUGGGAGAAGUCAGUCCUCCUGCUUUCCGAGCUUUGUUCGCUGGUCUCUCUUACCAACUUGGUAAUAUGGCAAGUUCCGGAGCAGCUCAGAUCGAAGCCGAUGCAGGAUCCUCCCUCAAGCUCGCUGGAACCAAUAUCCCCGAUUAUGCAGCUAUCACCGGUAUCCUUCUCGGGGCAGUCAUCGCAUGGGGUAUUAUCUGUGUCAUCUGUGGUCCCGAAGCCGAUGGAUCUCACUUCGAACAAGCUAAAGUCGCCUAUCAACGAGGUGGUGGUGACGCUGAUCCCACUGAAAUGUUUGAUCAUGAUAAACCUGAGCAACACCACAUCGAAAAAGCUCAGGCUGUCGAGCAUCAGGAGCUCAGAUAA